UGGCAAAACCAGAAUUUGGAACUACCGGUUCGUCUAAAGGAAAAAAGAAAUGUGGCGCUCAAUUCGCCAACUCCCUUCUUUCUCCGUUCGUACAACCAGUACCCAAACGCUUCCUUACUCUUCCUUCCCAUCUCUCUCUUCCCCUCUCCCUAAACCCCGAGCUACCUCUUUCUUCUUCGCCCCCUCUAAAACCCUACGGUCAGCCGCCACGUCAUCACCCUCCACCAUCAUCUUAUGGUCCUUCAACGGCGGCGGCGGCGGCUGCAUCGGCUUCAGCAACGCCAGUCGAAUUAUCGCUUCAAGAUACAUUUCAUCGUUCCCGACUCCGCAACCGGAAAUGGUGGUUGAUUGGAGCGAAGCGGUUUCUUGCUCGGAAGUCGGCGAUGGAGGCGGCGAUGGAGCGGUGGAAGAAGGCACUAAACGCUCUAUUCCAGUUCGAGCUUAUUUUUUCUCCACCAGUGUGGAUUUGAGAGGACUGGUGGAGCAGAACAAGCAGAAUUUUAUACCGCCGACAUCACGAAUGACUAAUUAUGUAGUUCUUAAGUUUGGUGAUCUUGCUAGUUCCCCUGGUCCUGGUGUUUUCAUAAGUGGAAGUGACUGCUGUUUCAUGGUGGUAUUCCAGUAUGGUUCCAUCGUGAUGUUCAAUGUUCAUGAAUGUGAUGUGGAUCAGUAUCUGAAAAUUGUUGAAAAGCAUGCAUCUGGAUUGCUUCCUGAAAUGAGAAAGGAUGAGUAUGAGGUAAGAGAGAUGCCUACUCUGAACACAUGGAUGCAAGGUGGAUUGGAUUACAUCAUGUUGCAGUUCUUGAAUAUUGAUGGAAUCCGUACCAUUGGAAGUGUUCUUGGUCAAAGUAUUGCUCUUGAUUACUAUGUGCGCCAGGUUGAUGGGAUGGUUGCGGAAUUUACCGACAUAAAUCGUGGGAUGGAAAAAACAGGAACAUUUACCAUGGACAGCAAAAAACUUUUUCAGAUAGUGGGAAAGGCAAACUCUAAUCUUGCUGAUGUGAUUCUUAAGCUCGGACUUUUUGAGAGAUCAGAUAUCGCCUGGAAGGAUGCCAAAUACGCUAUAAUUUGGGAAUUUCUACGAGAUGAAUUUGAAUUAACUCAAAGAUUUGCAAGUCUUGAUUUCAAGCUUAAGUUCGUUGAGCACAACAUUAGGUUUCUUCAAGAAAUUCUUCAAAAUAGGAAAUCAGAUUUCCUGGAGUGGCUCAUCAUUGUGUUGAUAAGUGCCGAAAUUGUUAUCUCUCUUUAUGACCUCAUUAAGCGGUCGCUAUGACCCUUGGUUAGAAGUUAGUAUUUUUUUUCAAAUUGGUACUCGUUGCAGUUCAUAAAAGAUUCAUUAGUCAAAUGCAAAGAAGUUGGCUUUUGCUGACCACAGAGAGGACCAUUUAGUUUGUUGUAA